AUGUCGUGGCUCCUUACGCUUCUCGGAUUCAUGGUAGCGGCUUCUGCUACCGCGCCGCACUCGCUUGUGCAAGAGCGAUGGCAGCGGCUGCCGCUCGGGGCGAUCCGCCCGAAAGGGUGGCUGUUGACACAGAUGACAUUGCAGUCCAAAGCGCUGACGUCCCACCUGCCGCUGUUCUGGCCCAACAUCGCCAACACCUCCUGGCUUGGUGGCUUCGCAGAUGUGGAUGGGGGGAUUCACGAGAACACGCCGUACUGGCUCAACGGCGCUGUACCCUUGGCGGUUCAAGUGGAGGAUGAAGAACUGAUGAAAACAGUGGAACAGUACUUCGAGGGCAUCUUCACCCGCCAAGGCUCCGACGGGUGGUUGGGGCCGGACACGGAUCGGUCGGAUUUCUGGUCGCGUAUCCCCUUCAUGCUGGCUUUGGCGCAGUACCACGAAUCCUUGCCGGAGGGACACCAACGUUCACGUUGCGCCUCCGUGGCACAUCGUUUCUUCACGGCGGUGGGGCAACGGCUUGAGGAGCAGCCACUGGCGUUUGGUCAAUCACAGCGGCCAGUGACCUUUUCGGUUUUGGCACCUGAAAGAGGUUGUGCUGCACUCUUCAUCGAGGAAGGCGUGCAAUUGGGAUCUUGGUCCUCCAUGAGGGCUCAUGAUUUGAUUUGGUCCAUCCACUACUUUGCUGCCCUGCUUCCGGCCAAUUCGUCCUUCGCUCAUUGGCUUUUGGACUUGGCCAAACGUUUGCAUGAGGCUGCAUUCCAGUGGAACGAGCAGUGGUUCAACAGCAGCGCCUUCGCCACGGCGCCGGUGAUCCUGGACUCGCUGAAGACCCACGGCGUGAACAAUGCCCAGGCCGUCAAGCACGGCGUGGUCUGGGCUCGUCAGAGCGGCGAGGUGCAGCAGGGCUUUGCCGAGUCCUGGUUGGCCUGGUCCCAGCUUCAGCGCUUCCACGGUCAGCCGCACGGUGCCUUCAGCGCGGAUGAGCACCUGGCGGGCACCAACCCCUCACGUGGGACGGAGCUUUGUGCUGUGGUGGAGGCCAUGUGGUCCUUGCUCCUCACCGCGCAAUUGGCGCCCAACGACCGGAGCGCUGUGAAGCCUUUGGACGCUCUGGAGGUCUUGGCCUACAAUGCCCUCCCUGGUAGCUUGAGCGAAGAUUUAUGGAGCCACCCCUACUUGCAGCUGGCCAAUUCCUACCAGGCCCUUUCCCACGAGGUGGACCAUGUGUGGACACAUGAUGGGCCCGACUCAGCGAUGUACGGCUUGGCCCCGAAUUACCCGUGCUGCACCUCCAAUUUCCAUCAGGGUUAUCCGAAAUUUGCCGCGAAUUUGUUCUUUGAGUCGCCUGAAACAAAGGAGAUCAUCUCAGCACUUUGGGCUCCUAGCCUGGCGCGUUUCUCCCACUUGGGCGCCCAGAUCGAGUUGAAGACGGACUAUCCCUUCAAUGCCGGAGUUGAGUAUUGGAUUCAAAACGAGGAACCCUUUCAGCUGACCAUCCGACUGCCGCCUUUCCUCCGGGACGACCCCUCGGCAGCGGCCUCCCUCCGGGUGACGCUGGAGGGACGAACCGUGAACCGUACCGUUGUGGACGGAUUCCUACGGGUGCAGGUGACUUCGAAGGCGGAGCGCCCACGCUUGGCCGUGAGAUUAGACUUUGCGUUGGAACCAAGGGUGUCUCGUUCAUCGGAGGGCAGUACUGUACACGUGGGCCCGCUGCUAAUGGCCUUGGACCUGGCAGAGGAGAGAAAAGAGGUGAGGCGUCAUGCCUUUGAGGCGGCAGAUUGGGAUACCUUCACGCGGAAGUCUUGGCAAGUCGCUUUGCCUGAAACGCCCCGCUUUGGUGACGUAAGGCACCGGUCCUUCGACCUGCCGCCAUUGCCGCACGACGCCGCGCGCUGCCCGCUGGCGCUGGAGGCCGAGCUCGUGGGCGUCCGGUGGCCGGCGGAGCACCAGGCGCCGGCCGCGCCGCCGGAGGCGCUAGUGCCGGGACAAGCUGCGCGCAGCAAUCGGACACUUCUGCCAUAUGCGUGCACAGCGAUUCGCAUUUCCGCUUUUCCGCAGCAGUCGACGGAGUCGAGCAGAUGGAUUUGA